AUGACACAAAGGAACAUCUUGGCUGUGGGAUCACUCACACAAACAUUAGCCAGUGACAGAGAGAACAAUACAGCCCACCAACCAACAUUCCACACAGGCAAACAGGUUGUGGCUGAUUCAUACUCGCAAGAACCACCCACCAUCACCAAGGGCAAGAUGGAGGACCUAACUGACUGCACACUCUCAGGAAGAGGCAAAGAUAGUAGGUCAGAGGCUGCGUCGGCCUGCAGGAUAAGAUGGCGGUCUCCACAGACAAAUUAUGAAAACAGAAUAUAUAGCUUGAAAGUAGAAUGUGGACCUAAAUACCCAGAAGCUCCUCCAUCAGUUAGAUUUGUAACAAAAAUUAAUAUGAAUGGAAUAAAUAAUUCCAGUGGCAUGGUGGAUGCACGUAGCAUACCAGUUUUAGCAAAAUGGCAAAAUUCAUAUAGCAUUAAAGUUGUACUUCAAGAGCUAAGACGUCUAAUGAUGUCCAAAGAAAAUAUGAAGCUUCCACAGCCACCAGAAGGACAAACAUACAACAAUUAAUUUUAGUGGAUCUCAAACUUGUCUUAAAUCAACAACCUUUUACUCAUGUUAAUGUCUUGAUUAAAUAUCACAAUGCAAAAUACCCACACAUUAAGUAAAGGAAUUUCACCUGGUAAACAUGACCUGGACAUUUGUAAGAAUAUAUUUAAUAUAUGUACACCCAGUAUGUUUUCAGGUAACAAGAGGAAAAAUGCAGCACAUUUUUUUUCUCUUAUUAAGGCACUGUCAUUUAAACAUAAACCUGGAAUAUACUCUAAAUAGAAUUCAGGUUUACAAGAUGAAAGUGUGAAGAGGGGUAUCAGAUGGCAGUGGAAGCAUGUGUGUUUCUGAAAAGUAAAAAAUCUCCAGAAGGAAAAACAGAAAUGGCAUGCUUUAUCCAUCUUGCUUAGUGAAAGAGCUGCAGUUGAAAUUGUUUAAAGUAGCAGGUAUAAUGAAUAUUGUCGCAAAUUGUGUUAAUUUUUGAAGCAGUGUGGGUGCUGACUACUAGUAGUAUGAAAAAUAUGUUCAGGAUUGUUUUGAUACCUGUAUUUAUAAUAAAAUGUUGGUGGGGGGGUGAUGAGUUUCUGUUAAGAGCUGUUCCUGUGUGUUACAUGUAACAGACAUGGUAAAUAUUUGUUUACAGUCUUCGUUUAACAAACCAUGCAUUUAAGUUUAAGUGAAGUCAACAAAAAGGAAGUAGGUGUAUGGAGAUGUGAUUUUGAGAUUAAAGUUAGUCUUAAAAUGUAAAUAAAAUGUGGAACGUA